UAAAAACGCAUAAAAGAUCGAGUAAUUUAACUUUGAAUUCAGUCGAGUAUUUUUCGUACUGCUGACAACCAUGAAGCUCUCGUUGACUCUUCUCGUGAUCUUUGGUUUCGUUGCUUUCAUUGGAGCUGCUCCAKUUGAAGACGAACCAGAAGCUCCCGAGCUAUCUGAAGCCGAUGCCCAAGUAAAAGAUGAUACCCCAGAAGAAGAACAAGCUCAGGAUGAAGACGACAUCGCUGAUGUUGAWGCCAAUAAUAGUGAAAACAAAUUGGAAGAUGAAUCUGAAAUACCUGAAGACCCAAAACUUGAAAACGAAGUCAUUCCAAAAAUUGAAGACGAAGUUAACGACGCCUUGGUCGACCUUCCACAACAAACUGAUGAAGAUUCGUCUCUUGACAAUUUAGACAUGUCAGAUGAAGACGCGAAGAAGGCUGUGGGGAAAGCACCUAGUAAAGGCAAAAAACCUAGGAAAUCCAAAGUCCGUUUYAGGUGCUCAAGAUGGCGUCUUUUUGGAAGGCGAAAUCAGCGUGUCUGCCAUAGAUGUUGCACACGCCAAUUUGUUUGCCACAGAUUCGCGCCUAAGAAGUGGAGUCACUUUGUUUCAAGCAAGGUGUGCAUUAAGAAAACUGGGCAAGUUGGAUGCGUGUCAAUGUGCAUUCAUCUAACAAAUAUCACCAAAGCUAUCCUUCGUGUUCUCCAUGGCUAGAAUGCGAAUCCUUAAUUUCACUAGUUAUCAAGAAAAAAAAGACGAUAGCUUUUUUUAUAGCUUGUUUCACUAGUACAUUUAGACCUGGACCUGAACUUGGAUUUAAGAAUAAAAUGCAUGUAAAAUUGAAAA